AUACAGAGACUUCAUAGGGGAAUUGCGAGCUAUCGUGACACCAAAGGGAACCCGUGUAGUACAUGGUCUACCAGUACUGAACCCCGAAGGUAAAGUGCUGGAUCGGGACCGGUUCGUUCUGGUCCGUCUCAUCAAUGGCGACACCGUCACCUUGGCAAUAGAUGUGGUGAACCUUUAUAUUGUGGCUUUUUCUGGUGUCAAUAACAAAUCCUACUUUUUCAAAGACGCUACAGCACUUCAACUCAAGAAUUUAUUCGUCGGCACCAAACAAACCAAGUUAAGCUACACCGGCAACUAUGACAGCCUUGAGCAGCAGUUACAGGAGGACAAGAAGCCGUCAAAGACGAGGGACAAGAUCCCUCUGGGACCAACUCCCCUAGCUGAGGCCAUCACAAGGUUGUGGUACGGUGGGAGCGUAGCCGAACCGCUCCUUGUGGUCAUUCAGAUGGUCUCGGAAGCGGCAAGGUUCAGAUACAUUGAGGAACAAGUCCGCAAAAGCAUAACCGGUCCAAACAAAACUUUUACACCGAAAGGUUUGAUAGUGAGCAUGGAGAACAAAUGGUCGGCUAUGUCCUCGCGGAUUCAGCGUUCGAAAGAUGGACAACACUUCAUUACGAGCGUUCAACUUCAAGAUGACGAUUACAAGCCCCUCAUAAUUAACGACUUUAAUACACUCAGUCGCUAUACCAUGGUCGCGAUUCUUCUCGACGAAAGCGUCGCGACUGCUAGUAGUAGUAAGUAAUAGCAAUAUUGCUCUAGCCAAGAACUACCACAACAACGAAUUUUCAGGGCAUAAAAUAAAUAGUUACACUUCAUCUUCCUCCACAAAUAAAUCUGCUUUGCAUUUUCGUUUUGGACUCUUUUUUGUAUUUCUUGAUCAAUGUGGGAGUUAAUGUGAUCAAAUUGGCAUAUAUGGCUUUCUUCUUUU